CCAGCAGGCUGAGUCUCCGCGUUCAGCCAAUCAGCGGACGUCCCACAGCGGCUACCCGGAAACAAGUUAAAAGUUGAAAAAGGGCGCCUUGCUUAAAGCAGAGAGACCAGCUAAAGUCUCCGCCUCACUACGGUAACCAUGAGCUUCUCCCCUCAUCCACCCGGUCUGCCUGGGUGCAGCAGCAUCCAGGAGCAGAGGGACCGCUGGGAGAGGAAACGUAGCCGAGCCGCUAAAGAGUUGGUGCAGACAGAGCAGCACUACUGCCAACAGCUGGAGCUUGUUACCACAUUUUUUGUGGAAAUCUUGAAAGCCAAAGGAACCAUAAAGGAGGAUGUUCGAGAAGGAAUCUUCAGUUCCAUCAAAUCCAUUCUUUCAAUGAAUCAAUCGUUACUGGUCCAUUUGGAGAAUGGCUACAUUGGGAAAGGCCUGGAAAAGUUCUCUUCACAUUUGCACCACUACAACACCUAUGUGGACAACAUCUAUAAUGCCAAUAAAGUGCUUGGGAUCCAGCUGAAGAAAAAUAAAGCCUUCAGACGUUUUAAGAAACUACAAGAAGCUCGACCACAGUUCAACAACCAGAAGCUGGAAGACAUGCUUCAAAUGCCAGUUCAGCGAAUUCGUCAGUAUAAGCAUCUCCUCCAAGACCUGGCCGCCAACACCAGUCCAGACCACCCAGAGUUUGAACAACUUUCCAGAGCCGUGGCUGCUGUGUGUGAAGUGUCCCAGCGUAUCCAGGGCAACGCUCAGCGCCAUGAAAACCACCUCCAGCUCUGCAGAGUGCAAAAGCUGCUGCAGGGCCGAAAGACGCGGGUGUUGGCUCCAGGAAGAUGGUUCAUCCGUGAAGGUUGGCUAAACAUGGUUCCUCCAAAGGGCUCUGAGGCAAAGCCCAAGAUGUUCUUCCUGUUCUCUGACCUCCUGCUGGAGGCCAGACGCUGCAGCCCACUGUCUCUCUCCAGUGGCCAGAAGUUUGUAGGCCAGCACGCCUACCCACUGCAAGACGCUGCUGUUGAAAAGGUGUUUGGCCACACCAGGAGCCAGGGAGGACUGCUCAGUCUAACCUUCCCCAAUGCAAAACUCCUGCUGAUGUCCAGUAACCAUGACGACCUCAAUGACUGGUAUCAGUGCCUGAGCUCAACCAUAAGGAAGCUGCAAUCUAAGCACACAGUGGUUCUUCAGAGAGAUGAACGGUGUGGCCCACCUCUCCGCCCGGCUGUGGAUCACACCAAUCCAGGCAGGAAGAGAGACUUGGCCAGCGUUGAACCCUCAGAGCACGUUCAGAAGUCAGUGGCAGAGCUGGAGUGCAGCGCCCCCAAGAGGACAAAGCAGUCAGUCGACGCAGAACCAAUUGCAGAAGCCUCCUCUUCCAGCUGUGUGAUCCUCUGAUUGGUUCCUUCAGUCUCAGAUGAUUGUGGACUCUCACCUGCACAUUUUGGUUCCACACUCCGGCUGUCCUCUAAAUCAUCACAUGCAGCUGGACUGCCUGCGUCACCCAGAUGUUUUCCUCUGCAUUUACUUCAGCCUCAGAGCUUUUUAUUAUUACUAACCUCAACUUUCUAACUUCAUGUAACUUUUUUUUUUCUCUUACCUACAGAUCAAAUAGAUCUGCAAUUAACCAUGAGAUCCUGCUGUUGCAACCUUAGCAGUGAGUCACAUAAACAAUAAUCAUGAGAUAAUUAAACAUAUAGCACUAUAUGCAAAAGGUUAACAUUGUGUAAACAUUGAAUUCUAUUGACUGAUUGACUUGAUUCAGCUAAUAUCUGUUUCUGUAUUCUGAUAAAGAAUGUAUGCCUUUAACUCCUAAAACCAGAGAAUACAAACUGAUGGAGAGUUCAGGGUUCUGCUGCCAUGCAGCUGCAGGAUAACUCCUCACUCACUGCUCCUUCCUGAAAGUUCCUGUGGUGUGUACCUGAAGGUUCUGUGUCUAUCUGCAUCCAGGCAGAACAACCUGGUUAACAGACAUGGAUCUGGAACAUGUUUUCCUCCCUUUAUUCUGCCUUUUUACAGAAAUUCUGCAAAUAUUACCUCUAUUAUGCGUCUUUAUAUUGCACACUGAGUCUUUUUAUCUUUUUUUUGCUACUCAACAUGCUAUUUAAAGCUGUUACACUGGUUUCAAAUAAAAAUUGAUAAAAAUGAUAAUUUCCUCAUUAAAUGAAAACAAUAAAACAAACUUAAACUUGA